AUGCAUUCUCUUCUCCCAAGUCACACCAACAAAAGAGCACACACCACCAAUGACAAAAAGACAAAAGAGUCAAACGACGGCCCUGGAAGACCGCCAUGCGGCCCCCUCCACGACUGUGAUGAUGAUUACCGCUCACGUUUCGAAUGUGAUUUCUCCCUUGAACCUGUCCCCCGAUCGGAUUUAAAUCUAGAGCCCUGCUCUAUCUGGGGAGAGGGUGAGCUUCAGGAUACCGGCCGUUCGAUCGACCGUUUGACCAAGUGA